AUGGAAGACGCCUCUGAAGUCGGACGCUACGGUGUCCUUCGUCUCAUGAAACGCAAGGAACCCGACUCUGAGGUCACUUCGUUCCCCAUCGACAGCGAGGAGGUCACUUUUGGCCGAAAUCCAGACUGCAGUAUCAGACUAUACUAUCCAACAGUCAGUGGCAUGCAUGCGAGGAUUUUCUUCCAGGAGUCAAAGGCUUUCUUGGAAGUAAUCGGCGCACACGGGCUCCAAGUGGAUAACUGCCCCGUAUUUCCGACCGGUUCGACUUCACACAACCCGAAACCCACCACAAUUCCCCUUCCGAAUAAUACGCUCAUAACCAUCCACAAGAAACACUUCAAAUUCUCUUACCCUCCGAAGAACCUUCGUCCAAUGCUCCUUUCGACACCAUCUCCCUCCAAGCACGCACCCCGUAAGGGUCUACGCCUCAGCAUGAUCGAAAGCGCCAAAGUCUUCACACCACGCCCUAGUAAAGACGCACGGGAGAACCUCAAGGUUCUCCAAAGUCCCCUUAAGACGGGACAGCCUUCGCCCCUCAAGCGUUCUACCUACCCCGCUGGACAAGAGGAGGAAGAGAUUGUGCUCGUGGACGGCGAUAAACCAAAAGUAUUUCAGGAGGAGAGGGAUCUCGUCAUUGUCGAAAACGUCAUGCUUCCGGCCGAGCCAGAACCUCUCCCCGCCCCAGCUCUGAAACGUCCCCAGUUUGGUACUACUAGUGGUGCUGCAGGGCCUAGCACGCCGCGGGUCCGACAAGCUACUGGUUCCUACAAUCCGCCUGCUCGUAUACAACAUUCACAGCAGAACCAGCAGGAGCAGUUCCGUACCCCGCAACCGAAGAGGCAGCCUCGCUCGUCGUUGCAUCGUGCUGUGCUACUCAGGUCGGCGCAGAGAGCGCAACUGAAGGCUGAGAUGGAGGUUGAGGAUGCCCAUGUGGACGACGACGAUGAAGAGAGGGAGGUGGCUAGUGGGCUUGGUGUCGCGGUCCUCGAGGAAGACGAGGAAGAGCCGGAGGAGGCCCCGGGGCACGGUGAGGCGGCACAACAGUUCGAAAAUGAAGAGGAUAUGGGGCCCGUUGCUGACGUGGAGGACCGCAUCGACGAGGACGAACAGGAUGAGCAGGAACAAGCGAGGCCAGCACCAGUUUCUAGCUGGAGAAAGAGUCUCGGUGCUGUGGCGGAAGCAGUGGCGUGGCCGGUGAGGGCUAUCUCAAGGUCAAGGUCGCGUUCGCCUGAGAAGAUGGCUCAAGAGGACGAGCAAGACAUCACAGACGCUGAGCACGAGGAUGAAACCGACGGGAACGAUCAGGAAACGAAGCAACCUUAUAAUCCUACAGACUUCACGCCACAACGUGUGCGCCACCCCCACCCUCAGCGAUUCAUGUCUCUCCAAGGCGGAAUGGGGGGAGCCAUGGAACCACCUCGUUUCUCACUCAGUGGAGCUGACGCCGCCGGUGCAAGACGAGUCCCUGUCGUUAAACCGUGGAGACUCAAGGACAUCACUGUUCCUAUGCCGCUGUCUCCAGCUAAUGCGCGGACGAACGUCAUUCCUUCUCCCGAGAGGAGGGGACGCACGGGUGUCAGUGCGGCAGAAAGACAGGCAAUCCAGGAGCGUCGACGCUCCACGUUACACACUACCGACGAAAUAUUUGGCGAUCGCAUCCCUGGCUCCAGACCGUCCGUUCUGGAAUCGCCUCAACGCCCUACCCAGUCUACUAUGUCUGCACCCAGUCCAUUCGCCCGUCGAUCUAAUUCGCCUGUCAAGGGUAACACUAUACGUGAGGAAGACGAAGAAGAGGACACGAGCGUCCUAUUGGAGAGGAUGAACGAUAUGGUCGAGGUGCUGAAGAGGCGCAGGAGCUUGAAGAUGGAAGAGGAUGAGAGGAGGAAGUCGCUCGCUGCCCUCGAAAAGGCGAAGGAAGAAGGGGAUAUGGAUGAGGAGGCCAUGGACGUCAGCGAUGGUGACGAAGAUCAAGAUCACACUGAGGAGCCGAGGCCUUCUUCCUCGACUACGGCGAAGGGCAUGGCGCCAGCUACGCCUCGCUAUUCCGGUGUCCGCCCCCUUUUCAAGGAAGCCGAACAGGAAAAACGAGUCGCGGAGAUGGGAACACCAAAGAUGGAUGGGGUGAAGGCGAUGUACCUCCGGAACGAACCUCAUCCUUCGCGUCCAAAAACCACGUCACGAGAGAGCGAAGGAGAGGCGCUGGAGAGUUUAGGAGAGAUGUACUCCACGCCUGUUGCAUAUCGUCAAUUCCAAGCUCCUGAGGCCCCUCCUGAAGAGGAAGACGACGAGGAGAACGGUCGCGGUACACCCGAGCCCGCCCCAGCAUUAACGGGCCGCGGCACCAGAGGGCGCAAGACCCCGGCCACCAAAGAGUCGACCAAACCACCUUCUCGUAGCACUCGACGAACGCCUGCCUCAUCGAGGAGAUCGCCGGACGUUGACACCCCCAUGGCGGACGAUGAGCUGACGCCGGAGGUUGGUGGCGCCGUUAGGAGUGGGGCGGCCGGGAAGGGGAAGGAAGGAGCGCCGAGGGGUGCUGUAGUCAGAAGGGGUAGACGUGUGGCGAAGGACGACGGAGAUGAUGAUGAACUUGACGCGGAAGGAUCGGUCGAGGGAGAGACCGAGGCUCCUGCACCAGCGCCUGCCAAACCAGCCGCAAGGGGUCGUAAAGCUGCCGACACGAAGACCAAACCUGCUCCGAAGUCGAAGGCUAGCACCUCUAAAGUGAAGCCUAAGCCGAUCGACGACGACGAGGAAGUAGAAGAUAGUGAAGAAGAAUCCCAGGCUCCUGCACCCUCGAAGCCUCUUGCUCGCCGAACUCGUACCGCCAUCGCCACCACUACCGACGAUGAGCCACCUCCUACCAGAAUGAAGCUUCCCUCCGCCACCCGAAAGACCCGUACCGUAUCCAAGUCAUUCAUGAUAACAGAUGAUGAGGCCAGCGCCACAACCCGCAUGGACGUCCCUAUAAAGGUCGGACCACCGAAACGAGCAGCGAAGGCGACCACUAGUACCAGUACUAGGAGCAGGAGCAGAGCAGGCACACACUCGGAGGACGAUCCGUUGGAUACGAUCGACAAGGCGGAGUCUUCGCAAUCAGAUUCUACUCGUCGUAAACCUGCGGCUACCGCUAGGGCGAAGCGUGGAAUGAUCCCACAGUUCAUUGAGGAGGACGAGGACGAGGAUGAUGAAGAGGAAGAGGCCCAACCAGUCCCCAAAGCUCGAGUAGGCAGGCCCAAGAAGACAGGCAUUCCAUCUGCCGCAGCCACGACCAGGCGGGGAGCGACAUCGAAGAAGAAAGAUGAUGGGAAGGAGAAUACCCCGGACAUCGAAGUGAAGGAGGAAGAUAUGUCGGAUGAGGCGGAUGCACCGAAGAAAGCAAAGCCCGACCCAAAGCCUAAGACGGCGCCUGCGCCUGCAGCGGCGAAGGUGUCCAGGACGAGGAAGGCUACUGCGCAGAGUGAGCCCGAGAGGGAGACCGUUCAGGCGAGUGGUUCCAGGAGUACAAGGUCAAGGAUUGGGAGUGCGAGGAAGUAAUUUCAGCUGAGGUUGAUUUAUGUUACGAUCCUUCAGCAUCGAGUAAC